AUGACAACACUUUAUUGGAUAAAAAAUGCUAUUACACCAUAUAAUUCCCACCAUAAAAUUUUGCUUACGUCCGCCAACAAAAACCCUUUUAUAAUUACCACAGUCCACCGCAAUAUUCCAUCACUGUUCAUCUAGCAUACUCCAAUCCGCCAAAAAAAUUUCACUAAGUCCAUACGCCACAGCUCUGACCACCAUACGUCGAUCACAAUACCGCUGCUCCGAAUACCAUAUGCUGACCAUCAUACCAUUGCUCCGACCACCAUACUCCUUCCAUUGUACCUCUACUCCGACCACCUUACCUUGAUUUCAAAGUUGCUCCGACCACCACUGUGAGUAGGAAUAUGUAUUUGAAUCCCAAGUUGGGUGGGGGUGGGGCAGGGGAAAUUGGGUAAUUUGCAAAGGAGUGAGGAAGUGAAGAGGGUGAUGGAGAUUAUGUUAAGGAGGAAGAAAAGGAAUCAAGUUUUAGUAGGGGAAGGUGAGCUAGAAAGUGUAGUAAAUGACCUUUUAAGCAAAAUUGAAAAGGGGGAAUUGGGGGUUUUGAAGGACAUACAAAUUGUCCAGAUGGCCCAAGAAUUCUCGCAUGACAGAAUGAAAUAGUUAACAAGAUUAAGGAAUUAGGAGGGGUGAUUGAGAGUAAAUUGAGCAAUUGUGGUGGUGUGAUUGUUCACUUGGAUUUGAAAUGGCUAGUUGAGCAGCAACAACAACCCCCAAUGAUCUUCGAGAUUGGAAAAUCAUCAGUGAUUGAAAUGGGGAAGUUAGUAGCGCGAUUUUCGAGAGGAAAAUGGCAAUAACAAUAGGUUGUGGUUGAUUGGUACAGCAACAUAUGAGACAUAUUUGAGAUGUCAAGUUUAUCAUUCAACUAUGGAAAAUGAUUGGGAUCUUCAAGCUGUUCCUAUUGCUUAAAGAUCUCCACAUCCAGGAAUAUUUCUAAGGUAUUUUGAAAUUGAUCUAUUGGGAAUAUGAACUAACCCUAAUGAACAUAAAAAUGUUGAGGAAGACAAUAACACAGAUGCGAAUUUGGAUGAUGUUACAAUUGGUAGUUGUAAGAUUAAGAAUUUGAAAUCCACAAAGGGCGGCGCGAUAACCAAGAAAAUGAAGAUUGGUUGGACUUCGAAAGCCAAAGAUAAAAUACUGACUACUGAUGUGGAUGAUUUGGAGAAUAAUGAAAACUCAGUACAAAGCCCAAUUGACAAUAACAAAAUUAAUGAUGAUAAUGUGAACAUGGUUAUUGACAUUGAUAGA